AUGCAAAACACAAAUAACUUUCAUGUUCUAAAAGAAUCUUUAAACGCUUUAUGCAAAAUUGUUGGUUUAUUUAACCAAACAAAAAAAGAGACAGAAGAAGCUAAUACAAGAAAGUUUAAUGAGCACGUAACUAUAGUUAACCAAUGCCUCCAACAGUUGUUUCAAUGUUGUCGAGUUAUACCAGAUGCACAAUCACCAAAUGAAAUGCUUAACACUUUAAACUACCUUAGCCAAUUUUUAUUAACAUGUGUAACAACAUUAAUUGGUGAAAGUGUCACAUUUUUGAAGAAUGAAGAAAGUCUAUUAAAAGAGCGUCAAUCUGAUGAGGAAAUUGUACAAAAAAUGCAAAAGCUUUACCAACAGAUGCAAGGCAUUAUGCUUAUUAAGGGUGUUGGUCCUAGUAUCACUUCAAUUUAUAACAAUAUCAUGACUGCUAAAGGAGAUGAGUUAAGAAGUGAAUGUCAAAAACUAUUAACACUGCUAACUGAGUUAGACAAAAGUAACAUCACUACAGUAACCUUACAAUUUGGAGAAGAUAUCAUUGACCUUCCACUACAAAUUUUGGAGACUAAACAGACUGAAAAAAGUCUCAACAAUGCCGACCAGAAAAUAGUUCAAAGAGAUGAAGAAAAAGAAGUUGAUGACAAUAAACAGAAACCUUCUCUAAGUACAAAAAACCCCCAGAAACAGGAUAAUAUUAUGGAUUUAACUAAACAAAAAAGUAAUAUUGAAAAAGAAAGUAAUACUGAAAAAGAUCAACAAAAUGAGGAGCAACAAAACAAUGAAACUAACCAAGAAGAAGUUGAAGAAGAAGAAGUUGAAGAAGAAGUUAAAGAAGAAGAUAACCAAGGAGACAAAGAAACGAAAGAGAGUGAAACCAAUAGCCAAAGAAAAUGUAGAGAGAGUAAUUUUGAAAGUCAAGAAGGUGUGUCUCAUGGAGACCCAAACAUUAGAGGAGAUAGUGAAACUAAAACGGGUACUACAGUCCCUGAUAGAUGCGAUAGCCAAGAAGAUAAAGGUAGUAUUGAAAAAGUUAAACAAAAUGAGGAGCAAGAAAACACUGAAAUUAGUAAAUUGAAACAGGAGUUAAUUGAAUGUCGUAAACAGUGUGCAACAGCCAUCAAUACAAAUGCUGGUCUUAAUGAUGAAAUCAAAAAAUUAAAUGAACAACUUGAAGAAGAAAAGAAAAAAUCUGUUGAUUAUGAACAACUAAAACAAAAACAAGAGGAUUCUGAAAAACAAUAUUCUCAAAGUCUUACAGAAAAAGAAAAAGAAAUUGAAAGGCAAAAGGCAGAAAUUGAAAGUCAAAAGGCAGAAAUUGAAAGUCAAAAGGCAGAAAUUGAAAGGCAAAGAAAUGAAAUUGAAAGUCAAAAGGCAGAAAUUGAAAGUCAAAAGGCAGAAAUUGAAAGUCAAAAGGCAGAAAUUGAAAGUCAAAAGGCAGAAAUUGAAAGGCAAAAGGCAGAAAUUGAAAGGCAAAGAAAUGAAAUUGAAAGUCAAAGAAAUGAAAUUGAAAGGCAAAAGGCAGAAAUUGAAAGGCAAAGAAAAAAAAUUGAAGAAAAAGAAAAAGAAAUUAAAGGCAAAGAAAGUACUAUUGAAGACAAAGAAAAUGAAAUUGAAAAAUUAAAACAGGAAAUAAAUUAUUUGAAAAAACCACUUGAGCCAGAGGUUGUAUUUUGUAAUGUUCCAAUUUCUCAUUACGUCACUGGGUAUCAAGAAGUAAUAGAAGUGAAUCAUAAAAAAAUUGUUGUUCCAAUUAGUAUUGGACAACCAGAAGGUGUUAGAUAUCAAUAUGAUAACUGUGGAACACCAGUCAAUGGGAGAAUGCGAGAUUUAAUCGUUAUUGAUAGAACGGAACAAACAGAAUCCCUUCGACGACAAGGGAAUGAUAUUAUCCAAACUGUUUUUAUUUCUCAGCCUCAAAGAAACACAGAACUCCAAUGUUCCAUUCCAUGUAUUGAUGGAAGAAGUAAUAUUACUGUUACGAUAAUAAGACAAGAAGGUAUGCAAGGACCAUAUAAAGGAUAUGGAAUGCCAAUUGGAACAACUGGAAAAAGAGGUGACUUAUAUCUAAUUAUCAAAUUUAAUUAA